GUUAUUUAUCCAAAUGACAUUUAAAAUGUGAUUUGUAACAUACUUAAUUUCAACUCUUCUUGACUUCCAUACUUAUUUUCGGCCACGUUGGAGGUACUAAAGUAUGCGUUCCCUCAGACAGCUGCCGGGUUUUAAUUUGAAAAUCGACGCGCGGUAUAACGCCAUUUCCGUUUUGGGCUGACCUUGGUGCUGUCGUCCACUCGGCCGUAAGUCCAAUAGGGGGAAAAUAUGGCCACCAUAACCGCACCGCAAGUCUCUGAAACGACGUGAACUUUCUGGGCGCUACAGUGGCAACGACGGCAUAUGUAAUUCAUCGGAGCCAAAAAUGGCCGAGUCCCGAGGAGACGGACCGCGGAGGACCUUUGACUUCUCCGAAUCCGAAUCCGAGGACGACUCGGAAGGGAACGUUUUGGAGAUGACUGAGAAAACGCUCCCAGAAAAGCAAGCUCUUUCUGACGCAGAGGAACCAUAUGAGAAGGCUGAUCGACCAAGCUCUGCGAAAGAACUAUCUGAAGAUCGACUGGAAGAUGUGUACUCGAUAGAUUAUGUGAUUGAAGAUCACGGUGAGACUGACAAUGGGCAGGACAUUGAUUCAACAAAUAAGCAUGAAAAGUUUCGUAUGGUCUGCAACGAAUGUGGAACGUCAUUUCCCCGUCGUGAGAUGUUCUACCUUCACCGUCACUAUCAUGCAGACAAGGAUGAACUUGUUCCCCUCAACUGUUUAGAAUGCGGACUUUCCUUUAAGGAUCGUCGCAGCCUCAUGAAACACAGACAUGUUCAUCAAGAGGAGCCAAAGUAUGAGAAGGAAGCUCGUUUUCAGUGUGCAGAAUGUGACAAUUUUUUCCCAACGGCGCCAAAACUGAGGCGUCACCAAUGCACCGAUACAGAUGACAUGCCUUAUCAUUGUACGUUGUGCCGCAAAGAGUUCAUAGUAAGGUGUGCUGUUGCGAAGCACAUGCUCCACCACUCAGAAGAGGGCAGCUGGACGUGCAAGGAGUGUGGUCAAAGCUUUCCAGACUACAGGACAAUGCGCUGCCACCAGCGAUGUCACCCUGUCCUCAAACCCUUCGAAUGUCCGGAAUGCGGCAUGGCUUUCACACACAGCUCCGUCAUGGAAGCCCAUCGGCGCAAGCACACUGAGCGACUCCGCUCUUUCCUGUGUCCCAUUUGCGGCAAGACCUUCACAUACAAGAGUCUGGUUCAAGAACGCCAGAAUCUGCGCACCAACGAGAAGCCCUUCCGUUGUCCUGAUUGUGACAAACAGCUCGCCAUCCAACCUAAGAGCCCGCAUGCAAUUUCAUGAAGUGGAGUGCAAGUCACACGAGAAAAGCUUCAAGCCACAUCCAGAGAUUGAAAAAGGUUUUGAAGGAGGGGUGUCCAAGUAAAAACUUUUUGGGACAAGGAUGAUGGCAAUCCAGAGCACAAAAGAGAUGUUGGGCACCCUGACCGUGAACAUGAAGCAUGGAAGACAAGCACGGCCAAGGAUUCGGUCUUGGCCUCGGAGCACCCCCAACUUCAGCAUGAUGGCUGCUUUCCUCACCGCUGGACAGUGCCCUUUUCCUCAAUAGUAGGCCAGAACACAGCAGUCCGCAACCAUUGCUCAGACCACAAAAAGGUCAUCUGGAAGCCAUGCCAUGUGGCUCCUGGCUUGAAGAUGAGUUAUGGGGGCUCAGAAAUGCAAUGAUUCAACUUAAAAAACAUGUGGACAAGAGUUGCUGACUGUUUCAGUCAGGACAUGAGAAAACUCGUGUUGCAGGUGCCGUUGGCGCUCAGGUUCUCGCAAAACAUCGUCAGGAGACCCAGCAACAAUACAUGCAACAAAUGCGGCACUUGCAGACAUUGCGACAACAGCAUCAUGAACAACAUUUACAGCACAAGAUUGAAGUAAAUAAAUGUCAUCAAAUAUGGGCAAGUUGUAAUACCAUUCGGGUUAUCAAAACACUUAAUUUUUAUGAUCAGCUUCGUUUUUGCACAAGGGGCAUUUUAAGGACCCCCCACCCCCGCACACACACAAAACAGAGCAUCUCAAAUGCAGAUGAGGGGGAAAAACAGUAAAUUCAUCCUGGCCUGAGCACAAAAACUGAGUGAAUUUUUCAGUAAAAAACGAAAGAUAGGGAUGUGAAUCCCAAUUUUCCAAAAUGUGAGGGUUCUCUGUACCACAGCAACAACAAUAUCUACAUCACAGCUUCGGCUCAUUCUGCCUUCAGACAGGCCCUCAACUGCUGCCUCGGAUGCGUUUUGAGUUCUUAAGAUUGUGCAUAUUACGAUCACCUUUUCAAUUUUGCCAUAGCUGUGUUUUGUUGAUGUUAAAUGUAUUUAAUUGCAAAUAAAUGUAAAACUGGUUGGUCGUU